GUCAUUCCUAAAUUUACUCGCUAAUUGAGCAGACAUCCCAAAUCGUCUUUUAAAUUCCUUCUAAAAAUAAUGGGGUUUCAUCCCUGCUGCGGCGGUUCGCUGCAAACUUGGACGAAAGUGAUCGCAAUUUUGCAAAUUAUUAAGGCAUCAAUUUCACUCUUUGGUGGUGUCAUUCUUCUCGCUUGUGGUGGGCUUUUGGCACUUGCCCCCUCACUUGCCCCCGUAAAUGUAACCUCCACCAUCACGAGCAGUCACCACGGGGGAAUCGUGACCAACACGUCGCAUGCUUAUCUUCAUACGACCCUCCUACCUCCGAUAAGCCAUCCCUUGGACCAUUUCCAUUUUCUCAACCAAUCCACCUCAAACACUACCGGGCCAGAUUUUGACCAGAAUUCUGUUAAAGUCUUCCACUUUCUUGGUGGCAUAUUAAUCAUGGCCAGCGUUUUCACCAUUAUAGAGGGAUUCAUAACCUUGAUCUUGUCCAUAAUUUUGUUUAACGGGGCUUCAAACCGACUUGUUGGAAAAUGUCGCGUCUGGCUUAUCGUCCAAGCCAUCUUUCUCUUGCCUGCGACCGUCUUCUAUUUUGCGAGAUUGACAUCUUCCUCCUCUGACCAUCUUACCAACUCUACCGGAGCUAUUGGGCUUAUCAUCAACGGGUACUGCAUGUGGGUCGUGUACGCCUUCAUAAAUGAGAUGCGGGGGGAGGAGGCAGCCAAGCGGAUGGGGCUUGGACAAGCAUAUUAUGGACAAAAGGCGUAAUUUUUGCAAAGUUAAAAAUAACUUUGUACCAAUUGAUCCUGAACAAUUGAGAAAUAUACAAUUUAAUAAAAUUUGGACAUGCAAGUUGAGAUAAUAAAUGAGACACGAUUUAAA